AUGAAGCGUUUUUGUGCGGUUUUAUUUGUUUUGGCUGCAGUUGGUAUGGCUGCUGCACGUCCUGAGCCACCACGUGAUAGUUAUAGCGCACCACCAAGCAGCUAUGCACCACCAUCGCCUAGCGGCAGCUAUGGAGCGCCAGCACCACAAUAUGGACCACCACAACAGCCACCAGUGGUGCACAAGCACGUCUACGUACAUGUGCCACCACCAGAGCCAGAAUAUCAAGCACCCAGAAAACCAAUAAUUGUGCCACCAGCACAGAAGCACUACAAAAUCGUCUUCAUUAAAGCGCCAUCACCUCCAGCACCAACUGCGCCUGUAAUUCCACCAUUGCCACAAACCGAAGAGAAGACUUUGGUCUACGUGUUAGUUAAGAAACCGGAAGAACAGCCCGAUAUUGUUAUUCCCACACCAGCACCUACACAACCCAGCAAACCAGAAGUCUAUUUCAUUCGUUACAAAACACAAAAGGAAGAAACUGGCCCUUAUCCAAACAGCAUUGCACCAGCACCUUCUGGAGAUUAUGGCGCACCAUCUGCUUCAGCACCAUCAGCACCCAGUUCAUCAUACGGUGUACCCUCACAUUAA